UAAGUAUCAACUCUCAAACACACAUAUGUCCCAUUAAUUAACCAAAAAAAAGGGAGAGGCAUUCUCUUUUUCGGCCUACUCUUUUGCUUUGCUUUCUAUACAUCUCAAAUUUUUUCACACUCCAUGGAAAUGGUUUCACCAAUUUCAAACCUCACCUUUAAGGUGAAAAGGUGUGACCCAGAACUGAUUGUUCCUGCAAAGCCAACACCUCAUGAAGUUAAGAAACUCUCAGAUGUUGAUAACCAGAAAGGCUUGAGAUUGCAAACUUAUGCAAUCUGGUUUUAUAAGAAAAGCGAUAGUCCUUCAAUGGAAGGAAAAGACCCUGUUAAGGUGAUAAAGGAAGCACUUGGUAGAGCACUUGUUUAUUACUAUCCGCUAGCCGGACGGCUCAAGGAAGACUCCAAUGGCAAGCUUAUGGUGGAUUGUAAUGCUCAAGGAGUGAGUUUCGUUGAGGCUGAUGCAGAUGUCAAGCUUGAACAACUUGGCCACACAAUUCAACCUCCUUUUCCAUUUCUUCAAGAGGUUCUCUAUCAUAUUCCUGGUUCUGAUAGAACACUUGAUGGUCCUUUGUGGUUAGUACAGGUAACUCGACUGAGAUGUGGGGGUUUCAUUGUGGCAACACGUAAAAACCACAUGCUGGUUGAUGCAUUUGGGGUUGCUCAAUUCAUGAACGCGGUUGGGGAGAUGGCAAGAGGUGCACAACACCCAUCGGUAAUGCCUGUGUGGCAUAGAGAGCUCUUAGAUGGUCGAAAACCCCCACGAGUAACUCGCAUCCACCAUGAAUACCAACAAGAUAUCAAUGAUGCUAAGUUAGACAUUGAUUUGACAAACCUAGUUCAUCUCUCUUUCGUAUUUGGUCCGGAUCAGAUAAAGGCUAUUCGGAAACAUCUUCCACCACACCUUGCUACUUGCUCUCGAUUCGAGUUAAUAACAGCUUGUAUAUGGAAAUGUCGAACACUUGCACUAAAUUUGGAUCCAGAAGAGGUUGUUCAAGUUACAUGUGCAAUAAACGGACGAGGAAAGAACUUCGGUUUAAAUCUGCCUUCAGGUUACUAUGGCAAUGUAGUUUUUUUCCUAAAUGCAUUCUCAAAGGCUGGAGUUCUAUGCAAAAAUCCAUUGGGAUAUGCAUUGGAGUUGCUGAAGAAAGCAAGGUCAGAAAUGAGUGAAGAGCAUAUAAGAUCAGCUAUCGAUUUUAUUGCAACUAAACAACCGCCAAAUUAUAAGAUUAAAGGGAACUUUAUUGUUUCGGAUGUAACAAAAGUUGGAUUUAGAGAAGUUGAUUUCGGGUGGGGUUAGAAGUUGAUUUCGGGUGGGGUUACGCGGAGUAUGCUGGACAUCCCGGUUCAUAUCCUAUAAUUACACACUAUAUGCACCAUGGUAGUAACAAUAAGGAUGGGUUUAUAUUGCCAAUCUGUAUACCAUUUCUGGCCAUGGAAAGGUUCAAACAAGAGGUGAAGAACAUGAUUGAGGGGCCUAAUUAUAAUGCUUAUGAAACGGUUCGGCCUGGUAAGAUUACAUCCAUGCUUUAGGAAUUUUAAUAAUGUGUUUGGUAAAGGCAGAUAUAUUGAAAAUCCUUUCGCUUGGUCUAGGAAGAAAAGUAAUAAUUUGCCUUCUUGAAUGAUGCCAAAGUUUAUUGUAUUAAAUGAAUACUAAACAAGAAAUUGUCAUGUUGUAGUCUAUGGGAAAGUCAAAGAAGUUUUUUUUUUUUUUUUUUUUUUGGGUAAAUGUAACACUCAAAGAAGAUUAAUUGUUGAUUGAGUAUGUAUUUUUUUGUAUCUUAUUUAAUUUGUAAGUUUUUUGUGUUGUCGGUUGGUGUUCAAAGAAAGGAGAUGUGGUUUUCCAUAUGGUCGUAGUCAAUAGGCAAUUCGGUUUCCCUUUUAAUCCUGAUUGAUCUUUCAAUGUUGAUAUAUAAUUUGUAUAUUAAUUAAUCACGAAUAGAAUAAUAUUCCCA